AUGCCGUCGCCAACGUCCUUUGCCGUAUCCCGGCAGGCUCCUCCCGUCAGGCCGUCUCGAUCCCUCGAGGGCAUGGAGCGGGUCAUCCCGCCCGUAUCGCCUGCUCGUCCUUCGCUCAAGCUGGACAAGCCUCUUCCCGAUCUGCCCUCGAAGCCGUUGCCGGCGACCCCGUCAAUGGAAGUCUCGACGGCAUGGAGCGACGACAGCAGCCUCGCCGACAGCUUCGAGAGUCGACGCCCUUCGAACGCAUCGGCCGUCAGCUAUCCGGUCGUCGUUCGGUCACCCUCCGACGAUCUGGCCGAGCUAGUCGAUCAUACCCCGGCAGCCAAUCUAGAUCGUUCGUCGCCCAUCGAGCCUUUCUCCAAGCCUCGUCCGGCACCUUUGGCUUUCGCAACUGUAUCCCAGGACCCAUAUGCCAGCUCUCAGCCCUGGACUCCCAAUCGGUCGCGUCCCAAUCACUAUUUCCGAGAGAAGAAGUGGGAUUUCUUCCCGGAGCUGGCCAUUCCGUCGGAGCUGCCACCGAGAUCGCCCAAGCUUCCGUCCAAGCAACGGAAGAAGGAUGCCAGUCGAUUGAAUCUGGGAACAUUCGACUUUGCGAAGAAGGGAAGUCGCUGGAAUACCGAACGCGGCGGACUCACCCUGGCGCAUGACAUGCGGAAGUCGAUCCGAUCGUAUGUUCAACGAAGGAUCUCGAAGCACUCCGUCGAUAAAGAGAAAGCAAAACGGGCACGACCAGCUACCGCCCCCUCGGAAUACACGCAGAAGUGUCACCCGACGCCUCGAGUACCGUCCAGCAACUACUCCGACAAUGACAGCAUUGUUUCCCCAAGGAACGACCUCGAUUCGGCCGAGAAUCUGACACGGCUAUCCAUAUCAACCAUAUCUAGUUCCGAGAGUCCGGGGAAGCCGUUGGAGCCGGUCGCUUUCCAUCGACGAAAACAGCUGGCCGUACCUAUGUCACCGUAUCAAAAGUAUGGUGCAGCAAUCUGGGAGAAGUCGGGUCGCGAGAAGCGAAUCAGCUACCGACAAACCCAGAAUGUACGAUUCCCGCGGUAUCACAAGAAGCCCUCGUCUUCUAAACCAGAGGGGAUUGUGAAUGCCACAGCUCCAUUGUCGCCACCACCACGCUCACCGGUCCAACAGAAUCCGCUGAGAGCUCUGCAAGAUGGAACGAGUCAAGUCCUAGUCGCAGCGAAGCAGAAGAUGAUCGGAGCUCGAGUGGAUCGAAAACGGAUGGAGCUGAAAUCGCAAAUCCGCCUAGUCGGACCGGUCAGCCCACCGAAUUCCUUUGAACGCGAUGGAGUCGAUCCUUGGAUCUAG